GGGGGUAAGGCGGGAGGUAGCGGGGAAAGCUGAAGGUGAGAAGGCGGUGGAUGGUCGAGGCGAUCGUCGUCCCUUCGACAUGAGAAACCAAAGCUACACCAUAGAGCAACCAGCAGUGAAAAACCACAACUGCCUGACUUUGCUUCAGGACGACCAGAUGGCUGUGCCUGACACCUGCGUUCAGAAUGGAGAAGCAGCUUAUGGAGCAGGUCUUGAUGAUAAUCACUCUGAACUGCAAAGGAUUUUAGAAGAUAUCUGGGAGAUGAAUAUGAAUUGUGAACAAUAUGAAGGUGGAAUCGAUGGCAUCUUAAAGUAUUUACAGGAUCCACGGCCAUUAAACACAAUAGCACUAGAACAAUAUUUUGGUGAAGAAAUCUCGGUUAGAAACACUCCAUUAAGCAACACCACUUGCCACAGCUCUUGCACAACAGACAAUGAAACGACCUGCCAGAAUUCAGUAAUGCCAUCCUACAUGAAAGCAAAAAGCAGGAAGAGAGUUGUUGAUGAUGGUGAUGACAGAGGACAGGAAGUUAUGCCUCAAGAUCAAGCUGCAAGGCCAAAGCAAUUAAGAAGAGAGACCAAGACCAAAGCUAAUGGUGCAGGGAAGAAAUCCAAAUGUAGAUCUCCAUCAACUCUGACCAAAAAACAAGCUACACAGAGUAAACAAGAUGAAGAGAAUCUAGCUGCUUCUCCAGAACAUUAUCCAAAGAAACUGGAUGGCCUUUCCCCUGUCACCUGCUCUUCAGGUAUCAACCAUCUGAAAGAACUCAAGAAUCAUGUCUCACAGUUUGGAUCAAACACACAAGUUAUCUCAGUGAACAAAGAGGAUUCGGCCAGUAAUGGAACAGUUGUCACUCCUCCUACAAGCUUCCAGCUUUUAUCGUCAGGCACAGUUCCACAGCAUGUCAUCAACAUACCUGUUAACGGAACCACCUGCUUUUUAGUUCUAAAUGAGAGUUCACCAACUCUUGAAAUAACAACCCUGCUACCAACACCACCUGUGCAUUCCCUAGCUGGUUCUGUGCAAGGCCAUACUCAGCAUGUUUCAACAAUACCAGGGAAUGCUUCGCCUCGUAUUUCCAGUGCAGGCUCACCUGUCAGUUCUGUUGGCAGUCCAACUACUCCAGGGGCCUCCAGUCCUCAAUCUGCUGACUUUCAUUGGUCGCAGGAGUCUAUGGUGAAUGCUCAACCUGUGGACGUUCCAAUGACUCCAGUCUCUGUAGGCAGUGCGGGACCAGAUCUUGAAACCGAAUCAUCUGGUGAAGAAUCAGCUGAACCUUUGAUUCCGACAAUCAAGCAAUCCACCCUAACAAAAGGUGUAGAAGCCUGUAUAGAAACGGUGAAAGAAUAUUUGAAGGACAUGACCCAACAUUCUUACAUUUGCCACGAGCACGAUGAAAUGCUUCUUGAAGACAUUUAUGUGGAUGUCUCAAUGAUGGAAGUUCAAGCUGAAACUAAAUCUGGAAGAAACUCCACAAAGUGCUUGGACAAGGAGUGCAGGAUCUAUGACAUAGCAGAACGAGAAAGAAGAGCUGUAAACAUGGGCAAUCUCUUUCACAUCUCAGGGAAAAGACAGAAAGAAACUAAAGUAAUUGCACUGUUGGGAAGAGCAGGGAUUGGUAAAAGUGUAAUCGUCCAAAGGAUCUGCCAUGACUGGGUAAAUGGGAACUUCCGGCAGUUUGCGUUUGUUUUCUGGUUUAAGUGCAGGACACUCAACCUGACGAAGCAGUACACAUUAAAGGAUUUACUCUUUCAACCAUUCCUUCCUUCGCUGAAGAACAAAGAUGAAGUCUUUCGGUACCUGUGCCAAAACCCACGCAAGGUUCUGCUCAUUUUUGAUGACUUUGAAGACUUCCAGGAUCACGAUGGCCUCCUGCAGCCGACAGCUUGCAGCUCGACAGAGAAGCAGUGCCAUGUCAAACAGCUGCUUGCAGGCAUUCUUCAGAAGAAGCUGCUCAAGGGAUGCACAGUGCUCAUUACAGCGAGACCCAAAGAGACAUUUAACCAAUACCUUGGCAGAGUGGACAAGAUUGUAGAAGUGCUGGGUUUCAGCCCAGCUCAAGUGCAGGACUUCCUGCACAGGUAUUUUGAGGACCUACCUGUCGUUGAAGAAGUGGCGACGUGUCUUCAGGAGCAGCCAUACAUGCUCAGCUUUUGCCACGUUCCUUUACUCUGCAGGUUUAUCUGUUUUGUUCUCAAAGGCCAGUGGCGGAACAGACAUGCUCGUUUAGUGCUGCUGCCGACCCUCACUGAUUUAUUUCUGAACAUUCUUCAGAUCCUCCUGCAUUCCGAAGUUCCUGCCUCUCCACAGACACAGACCAUAAUUGCUUCACAUAAGCAUAACCUCCUGGACUUGAGCAAGCGUGCCUUCACUGGAGUGCAGCACCAUGAAUGUGUGUGCACAGACUCCAACAGGUCAGCAGAAAUGUCAAACUUUGCUCUGAAGCAUGGGCUUCUGAGACCUUUCUUAAAGACUGGUGAAGUGAAAGAGCAGGAAUGUGGGAAAACCUUCCCCCAUUCCUCCCUGCAGAACUUCCUGGGAGCAUUGUAUUUAUUGUUUUCGGAAGAGAUCAAAUGUAAAGGCCUUACCAAAAUUAUUUUGCUGGAGCACAAGAAAAGGAAAUCUCAGGCGGACUGGUUGGAUAUUGUCCGAAGGUUUCUGGUAGGACUGGCAUCCCGAGAAGGAAAUGCCUUUCUGAACUGUCUCUCUGGUUAUUCAAAGGCGAAUGUUAAAAACAAAAAACAAAAGUGCCUGCGGAAAUACAUGUCCGAACUCGAGGUCAGCUCGCUCAGUGCCAGUAAAUUGCUGGAGCUCUGUCACUGUGUUUACGAAGCACAGAGUGUGGAGCUCACUGCACAAGUGGCUGCUAAACUAAGUGAGAAGUUGUCCUUCAGGGGUACACGACUGACCCCACCUGACAUAUUUGCAUUGCUGUACGUCAUGCAGAGAGCCCCGAAUAAUUUUGCUGUUGACUUAAGGGAUACGAGCAUUGACCUACAAGGGAUCAAGCAGUUCACGGAAUUGAGGAAUGUGAUCUCCUUUAGAGUGUCAAUUUGCGAUGCAGUAAAACUUUGGGAGCAUUUGGAACAAAGUGAAUUACAUGAGCUGCUUCAUCUGUCCCUUGUCAAGUUUUCUGUCAAUCCCUUUGAGGUCAAGAGUUUGAAAGAUAUUGAUGACCUUGAUUUACUGGUACAGAUUCACAAAGAAAGAAAAUUCCUUUCAAGCGCCCUGACCACAUCUGGGGAUGAACUCCAAGGAUUACCUGCUGUGAGGAGUCUACAAGUGCUAGAAUUUGCCCUUGGCCCUGUGAAUGGACCUCAGGGAUUUCGGAAACUAACAAAGAUUCUGCCAUCACUGGUAUUUCUGAAAUAUUUAGAUCUUGAAGGACCAAGUUCACAGAAAGUUAAAAUGAGUGAAAAUAAAAUAGGAGAUGAAGGAGCUGAGAGAUUGGCAGAAGUGCUGUCUAACUUAACGUCACUGGAAAAAUUGAUAUUAUCACGCAACCAGAUAGCAGACCGAGGUGCACAGGAGCUGGCAAGAUCUCUUCCCAACCUGAAAUUCUUGAGAACUCUCAGUCUGUAUGACAACGUCAUUGGUGACAAAGGCGCAGAAAAACUAGCAGAAAUACUCCCCGUAAUGAAAUCAUUGAAAGUUCUGGAUGUUAAAUUCAACAAAAUUACAGAUGUUGGAGCCCAGAGACUGACACAGAGUUUAAAACAUUGCCCCCAUAUUGAGAAAAUAUGGAUAUGGAGUCCUACAAUUACACAUUGGAUGUCAGAACACAUUCAACAGAUUGAUGUCAGAGUUAAUUUACAGUAGGCAAACCUUUCUGAAUAUUUCAGAAGAAUCACAGAUCAGAAGUGGGAUUUUGCAGAGAAAAGCUCAACUCUUCACACUUCUUCGGGCUCUGUAGAUUGCACUGUGGGACCAAUGCCUUUGUAUUCAUUAUCUUUUUGUCAGAUUGCUUUCAUCACCUUGAAACAGCAAGACUAUCAAUGAAGGUUACCCCUCGUAUGAAAAAUUAGAAAGCCAAAAGAAACUUCUUUGGCUAGAGACUGACUAGAAUGUGGAACUUAUUACUGCAUAGGGAUGAGCAAGGUCUGUAGCACUUAAGAAGCUAAGUGACUGCUUGAGGACGAGAAAAAAGUGAUAAUCAGAUGGGGUAAAUCAGAUGGGCAAAGGCUUGGAUGGAGCAUAACCACCAGAAUAACCAGGUGGGACAAAUGUUCUGUUUCUAUGCUGUACUUUUUAACUUGAUCAAUAUUCACUUUUUAACUUGGUAAUUAUGUCAGGUUGGUCUUUAUGGAGAAGAGCACAGUGGGAGUGAAGCAAUGCUUCAAAUAUCCUACUGCUUUCUUGACCCUAAUGUUAGCAAGAAUAACACAAGGAAUUGUGUAGAGCAUAUUCUUUGCAGGCAGCUAAACCUGACAUAAGUGGAAACCAAAUCGAAUCAUUAAUUAAGCUUUGCACAAAGUAAAGAACUGCACUGGAUGACUUUAGUGAAAAUUGUUUGCUGCUGCUGAACUCUGUGUAUCGAAAGAACGUGUUAAUGCAAAUUCUUAUGCUAAAAUAUAAACAAAGUUGGCAACUGACUUGCUUAACCCCUUGUGGUACAAUACUGCUGCUGGAGGAUAUUUAAGUCAAAUUCAGAAAUUGCCCUGGAGUGGUGAGGAUGUUCUCAGGUUAGUUGGUAUGUCAAAAUAAGAAAUAUUUUGCUAUUUCUUCUGACUGUUAGUAUUAUUUCCAGCCAAGAGGCUAUCUCUUAUGUUAUGGUUAUGCCAAAUCAAAGACCACAAAGUUAGCCUAAUAGUGGAAACCCUUCCUCAAUUUCUCCAGCUGAAGGAAGCAACCACUGUUAUAUGUCUAACCUAUAAAUAGACACGUGGAAAAUGGUAAUUUGCCAUUGAUGGGAUAGAGAAGAUAAUUAAUCAAUCUGAUGGCAGUAAAAAGCAGUAACAUAAUUAAGACACCUCUUACUUAACUAAUUAAUAUAUCAACACUUUUAAGAUUUUAAAUGUUGCAUGUCUUCUUUCAUAUAAAACAGUUACUGAAAAGCAUGAAAUCACACAACAUAGUUUAAUUCAUUCAUCAACUACUGUACAGAAAUAAGUUGUUCUUUUUCAAUAUAUGAAAUGAUGUAUAUCUGUAAAAUGUAAGAAUGAGUUUGCACAAUGUAUCAAUGUAAAGUAGAAUUGUAUUAUAAGCAUAUUUGUACAGAAUGAAUGCUGUCAGGAGAGGAUACAAAGUUGGUGCUCUUAAGUUUUAAUUUAAAAGAGAAAAGCUUGUUUUCAGUUUUGCUGUUUAAAAAGAACAAAUUGCACUAAACCAUGAUUUUAAUUUUUGCUGCUGUUCUAAAUAAACUUAAGGAAGUAAAAUUAAUGGAGAUUUUUUUUUCCUGGUCUGCCAUUAUUUUUGCAACAUGAUCAGCUCCAGAAAACUUUAUGUUGGACAGCCCACCAGCAUACUUGAGCCUAUCAAGACUGUAGGUAUCUGAAGGACAAAGUUCAUUGUAAAUCUCUGGGACAAUAUUUUAGUUUUAAUUUGCAAUUUUUCUCUGUAAUA